AACCCCUUGUUAUUAUUAUAUUGUUAAGUGAAACUAACGUGGACCCUACUUUGUACUAUGCCAUUCAUGAAGGAUAGUCUCAGUUUUCUUUAUUCCCAAUAUGGUUAAUGUUAUUCAUUAUUUCUUUUUAAUUGCGAUUGCUAUCUCGGAAAUUCAAGCAUUGAAUGCAACCCGACCAUUGUGUUCUAUCGAGGGGGAACAGCCACAAUUUGUUGAUCUCCAGCGCCCAGAUUUAGGAUAUGAGUGUUCUAACCCAUGGAUUAGGGGGAAGUCUGAAAAUGAAUUGAGCAAGUCAGUAGUACUCAAUUCCUUAGGCAAUGCUCAGACGGUUGAUAUUCUUGUAACGGCGCUAGACCUUCUCACCCGCUGGUUCCGUGACACCCACACUGACUGGGAUGAUUGGGAAAUGGGAAUUCCCGCUCGUCAGGACGGUUGGGAUUUUUACAUAUAUACAUACUAUGAACCCUCAAUCUCUAGGGAUGCUUAUGAUUAUGCAUUGCAGACAGCCAAGAACUGGAUGCAAGUUUCAGGUAAUCACCCAAGUUGCUUAAGGAUGAUCCACAAAAGUGAUAGGAAGGAAGAACUACUCGUAAAGAUCAAGCCGUUUGAUAAGAGAAAGUCCGCAGAGAAAAUCCGAUGCAGAACGUCAAAGGAAGAAAUCCCAACAUUUUCAAAUGUUAUAUGAUAACCAUAAUACUAAAGAGUGCAAUGUUAUUACGUUACUUAAAUUAAGACAAACACAGAAAUAUAGAAAUACAAAUCCAAUUAACAAUGAAUUGGCGAUGAUUAAUAGGUAAGAAAAGCUGUUUUAUUAACCAGAGUAGAUUAGCAUAUAUAAUCCAACUGUUUCGAGAAAUGGUCGAGUUUAAUGACUUAAUGGUUGAUCCAUCGCCGUUUGUCAACCAGGCGUAUUGAGACAUUUGUAUUGAACUACAAAUAGUGGAUAAUUUCUCCAAUUGACUCCCGACUUGUAAUGUAAAGACUUAUUCCUAUUUCCUUUUGAUUACAAUCAUACUUGUUAGUAUUAUUCUCAUGACAAAAGCUAGAGCGAAGGAAGGAUACUAUUAAUAUGGCCAUAUACAAGCGAUUCUGAUAUGCAUAGUCAAUAAUUAAAGGUUUCUUAGACAACUUAAUUGAUGGAAAUAACGCUUUUUUUUUAAAAAAGAAAAAAGAGUUGGUUUGACGUCUUACCUUUGGUUUCUCUACUUAUUCAUAGUCAGUUUUCGAACAACAUCUUAAGUCAGCCAUUUUUGUUGUUUUUUUUUUUUUUGCAAAAUUAGACAAAGAAAAAUGAAAUUUAUAUAUAAAGAAAUAAAAU